AACGUGGACCUCGCAGGCUGACAGAGAGGACGGAGAGCUGCCGUGCAUAUGGCUCUGGGAUAGUGGUUGGCACGGAAGGAGCAGGCAGUGGGACCGUCCCAGAGCCGGCGACAGGAUGCCCCGGUGGUGCGGAUGACCUGCAUCCAGCCGAGCCCAGUCCAGGCCCGCAUGUCGCCGCCCCAUGAGUGCCGCUCCUCGAGGGCCGCCUGGGGCUCCGCGCCCAUAGUCUCCUGACCCGGAGCCCCACUGCCCAUUGGCGUACAGAGGAGGAGGCGCAGGGGUGAGCUUCCCGUAUCCGCGGAGCAAGCAAGCAAGCAAGCAAGCAAGCGGCCGACGGCGCAAGGACCAGGAACGAGGGGGCUUCGCGGCCGAUCGAUCGGAAACAUUUUCCCCAAGCGGCUGCACAAAAUGACCAGCCUGUUCCGAAGGAGCAGCGGGGGCGGCGGGGCGGGGGCGCGCGGGGCCGGGGCGGGGACCGGGAGCAGCUCCGCGGCCCCGCAGGAGCUCAACAACAGCCGGCCCGCGCGCCAGGUGCGCCGCCUGGAGUUCAACCAGGCCAUGGACGACUUCAAGACCAUGUUCCCCAACAUGGACUACGACAUCAUCGAGUGCGUGCUGCGCGCCAACAGCGGCGCAGUGGACGCCACCAUCGACCAGCUGCUGCAGAUGAACCUGGAGGGGGGCGGCAGCAGCGCCUACGAGGACAGCUCCGACUCGGAGGACAGCAUCCCCCCAGAGAUCUUGGAAAGGACUUUGGAACCUGAUAGCUCCGAUGAAGAGCCUCCACCUGUGUACUCCCCUCCGGCCUACCACAUGCACGUGUUCGACAGGCCUUACCCUCUGGCCCCGCCCACUCCACCGCCCCGGAUUGAUGUGCUGGGCUCCGGGCCCUCUGCAAGCCAGAGGCGCUAUCGGAACUGGAACCCACCGCUGCUGGGCAACCUCCCUGAUGACUUUCUCCGCAUCCUGCCCCAGCAGCUGGACAGCAUACAGGGUAACCCCCGGUGCACCAAGUCUGUGAGCGGAGAGGGAGGCCUGCCUCCCACAGCCGGAGACCAGGACAGCCGCUGGAAGCAGUACCUGGAGGACGAGAGGAUCGCGCUCUUCCUGCAGAACGAGGAGUUCAUGAAGGAGCUGCAGCGGAACCGAGACUUCCUCCUCGCCUUGGAGAGAGAUCGACUGAAAUAUGAGUCCCAGAAAUCCAAAUCCAGCAGUGUGGCGGUGGGAAAUGACUUUGGCUUUCCCUCUUCUGUCCCAGCUCAGGGGCCGUCCCUCAGCAGGUGUCUCCCUCUUCCAGGAAACAGUGAUGCCAACCCUGCUGUGUCUGAAGAUGCCUUAUUCAGGGACAAGUUGAAACACAUGGGAAAAUCCACCCGGAGGAAGCUGUUUGAGCUGGCGCGCGCCUUCUCCGAGAAGACCAAAAUGAGGAAGUCCAGGAGGAAGCACUUGCCCAAGCAUCAGUCGCUGGGGGCUGCUGCAUCAACAGCCAAUCUCCUGGAUGACGUGGAGGGCCACGCUUGUGAUGAAGACCUCCGGGGAAGGCGGCAGGAGACACCCAAGAUGGAGGAAGCCCUCAGGGAAGGACAGUAAGAGGUGCCAGCAGCUCCACCUCUCUAGGGAUGCUCUGACCCGGCAGGGGCAGCUGGAGAGCAACGCGGCACCCUGCUGAAGGGCCCGGAUGCAGCCAGACUGACGGUGCUUGAUUCGGAGGCCGGGUGGUCCUCCAGCCAUGGUCCAGCCCAGCCACUGCCACCUUGCACGGGACCUAGAACUUUGGAGUCGCCAUCCUAUGAUUGGAGGAGGGACCUGGGGCCCCUAGAGGGCAGCAGCCAGGCUUUUCUACAGCCGUGGGUGGCAAUGCAGGAGUCACGCCUUUCUUUCUUAAAAAAAAAAAAAAAAAAAAUCUGAGGAAGUUCAGAGGCCGGAGUUUGGGAAAGGGCAGGAUCACCCUAAGCAGGCUCUCGGCUGGAGGUGAGCUCCUGCCUUCUUCCCUCCGCAUCUCUCCAGCCGGGCGUCAGACUGCCUCAUCUCCUACCCUUGUGUCCGGCUCUCUAGGCACCUUGGGCCCCUUCUUCCCAAGGCCACCUGCAUCUCAGCCUUUCCCGGGGGCUGCAGGGCCACUUGGAGCCGGGGGGGGGGCAGUGGCGCUCACCAGCGUGCCCUGAGGGGCGACCCUCAGCACCCCGCUUCCUCCCAAUGGGGUGGGAGGAGCUGGAAGACUCUGGCCAGGCAGGGUCUGUCCCCUAAGGGUGGGCCGCUGGGGGCCGAGAGUGCCGCCUUGGAGAAGGGGCAGCACCGGGUGGGGGCAGCUGCCAAUAGCCAGGAGGUGAUGGGAGGAGGAAAAUUGUGACUCCACCUAUUCUUAACCACAAGGCCACUGCUAAGCGGCGGAGGCGCAGCUCUCCCCGGACUGGAGCGCAGCGGGUGCAGCUUCCGCGCGGGGUUGUGGGUGGUGGGGCUGGGAGUGGGAUCCGAUACAGUAUUUGUUGGGGCAUUGGUGGCCGUGAGGUACUGGGGCGUGGCGAGGGUGAGCCAGGACCUUGCCCUGUUCUGCGCCCCUCAUCCCCUGCACCUCCGCGACUCUGGGGCGGCCAGGCAGCGUGAGGAAGUUGGGAAGCACGGAGCUGGGGGCUUUGGUCAUGAGCCCUCCUACGCUCUUGGCUGGUUCCUGGCAUGGCCCGGCGCACUGAAGGGACGGGGAGCCCCCAGCCGCUAACUUAAGCUCCAGACAGCCUGAUCCCGAGGGGCAGAGGAGGGGCUCUGGGCCGUGACCCUGACUUCUCCCCGGCCAGGGCCAGGCUCAGCGGGAGUAGCCCCAGCCCCAAGUCUCUGUGUGUUGCUUUAUUAUUUUUUCCUCCUAUGUGUGGGUUUUUUCUUGGAACUGUUUCAUAGGAACUCCUGUAAUAAAGCCUUGGUGUUCUCUUGGUGCUCUGA